GAACAGGCCCUUAGUAAGAGAGUAAUUUUUUUUUUUUAAAUGUGUCAUGGUUGUUAUUAUCUAUGUGACAGAGGAUAUACUAAUGUAGAGGGAUUCCUUCCACCUUAUAGAGGGCAUCUUAAUCAUCUUAGAGAAUGGAAUAAUGGCCCCCGUCAACCUCAAACUGCCGAAGAAUAUUUCAACUUAAGGCAUGCAAAAGCUAGAAAUAUGAUUGAGAGAUGCUUUGGGUUACUCAAGGGAAGAUGGGGAAUUCUUAGAAGUCCUUCUUGGUUUAGUUUACAAACACAUGGUCGAAUUGUGCUUGCUUGUGCCUUAUUACAUAACUUGGUAAAAAGAUACAUGCUUGAAGAAUUUGAUGAUGAUGACUUGUUUGAGGAAAGUGAUAGUGAUGAUGAUGAUGAUGGUGAUGCUAGUGAUGAAGAUGAUGUGGAAUACAUAACCUCCAUUGCUGUAACCGAUCCAUGGACUAAUUUUCGAAAUACAAUGGCCCAAAAUAUGUUCAAUGAUUGGAGGGCUAGACACCACAGAGUUACUUUGUGAUAUUAUUCUUGUUUGUUAAACAACAUUGUAUUUGUUAUUUGAACUUGAGACUUGUAUCUUUGUUUCAAUUUCGUGUUUUUUUUUUAUUGUUGUAUCAAGUCAUGGAUUUUGUGUUGGACUUAUAAUAAUUUCCUUUAUGUACUUGUAUUGAAUUUUUUUUUGUUAAUUUCACUUUUAUAUACAUGCAAUGUUAUUUUGACAUGUUAAUAUGGUUCAAAUGUUUUAGUAGGAUGGAUGAAAGUAGUGCAAGUGGAGGUGGAAGGGGAAAAAACAAACGAUUUUGGACCGCUCGAGAAGAUAAAGUUCUUGUAGAAGCAUUGUCAGAGCUAGUUGUUGAUCCUCAUUGGAAGUGUGAAAAUGGGUUCAGAAGCAACUACAUGGUUCGCUUAGAGGAGAUCAUAGGUAAGGCUCUUCCUGGUUGUGGGUUGAAGGCUAUGCCACACAUCGAUUCUCGACUAAAGACACUUGGAGCAAAGUUUAGGGCUAUUUCUACUAUGUUAAAUAGUAGUGGAUUCGUUUGGGAUGAUUCCAAAAAAAUGGUUUCUGUGGACCGGGCUGUUUAUGAUGAGUUUUGCAAGGUUUUACUCGAUUCAAGUGAUGAUGAGGGAGUUGCUGGUAGUGGUAAUGUCACUCAGACCGUUACUUCUCCUCCUUCAAAAAAGAUGAAGACUGAAAAAACUUCCAAAACAAAAGAAAGAAAAAGGUGGUGCUGGAAGUAAUGAGUUGGCUAGCUUACAAGCAUUCAUGAAAGACAUGAAUGUUCAUCUUUCCACUAUGGCAAAUGUAAUGGCACGCAUUGAUGAUCGUGAACAACGAGCGGAUGAAAGAGAGCAAAAUUUAGUUGAAAAGAGUGAGCAAGUGCUAGAGGAACUACUCUCUUUCAAUUUAGAAGGUG